AUGAUGUGGAUGAAAGAAAAGGGAUUUGAAGAUGUUGUAAAGGGAGCCUGGAAGUAUAAUGUAGAUGAGCAAUCUUCCGUGAAAGAAAAGCUCAAAAGGUGUGCUAUUUCUUUAAAAAAUUGGGAAAAAGUUGUCUUUGGUAGUGUCAGGACUCAAUUAAAGGAGUGUAAAGAAGAGCUGGCACUUUUGCUAUGCAUUAACCCUUCAGACCAACAAAGUUAG